GGCGCCCAAAUGCUCGUUUGGCGCGCGCGCCCUAAGCGGGGUGUGUGAGCUUUUUGGGUCUUGUGGCGUUUCUUCUUGGAAUUUGACCAUUUGUGAACUCUGGUGGCUACUGUUUUCGAGAUGCCGUCUUCCUCACUCGGUACGCCGAUGCCGGCCUCCACGUCGACCUCAGCCCUACAAGAAGCUCUGGAAAAUGCAGGGCGGCUUAUCGACCUACAGUUGGAAGAAGACCGCAUGUACCCGGACCUUUCCGAGCUUCUCAUGGUGUCUGCCCCAAAUAAUCCCACUGUUUCUGGCAUGUCUGAUAUGGAUUACCCUCUACAAGGACCUGAUUUGCUGUCAGUACCCAAUCUUCCAGAGAUCAGUUCCAUCCGAAGAGUUCCUCUUCCUCCUGAACUUGUUGAACAGUUUGGACGUAUCCUAUUUGUUUGUUCUGGAAUUCUUAAUGACAGCAUGUCUGGUGGAAUGCAGCUGCUUCCAGAUCCUUUAUAUUCUCUUCCCACUGAUAAUACUUACCUUUUGACCAUAACUUCCACUGAUAAUGGCAGAAUAUUCUUGGCUGGAAAGGAUGGCUGUUUAUAUGAAGUAGCAUACCAGGCAGAAGCAGGUUGGUUUAGUCAAAGAUGUAGGAAGAUAAAUCACUCAAAGAGCGCUCUUUCUUUCCUUGUUCCUUCCUUGCUACAAUUCACAUUCUCAGAAGAUGAUCCUAUUGUUCAAAUUGCAGUAGAUAAUUCCAGAAAUAUUUUAUAUACACGAUCAGAGAAAGGAGUAAUACAGGUGUAUGAUUUGGGCCAAGAUGGACAGGGAAUGAGUCGAGUUGCUUCAGUUUCACAGAACGCUAUUGUCUCUGCUGCAGGAAACAUUGCUAGGACCAUUGAUCGUUCUGUUUUUAAGCCAAUUGUUCAAAUAGCAGUGAUUGAAAAUUCUGAAUCAUUGGAUUGUCAGUUAUUGGCUGUUACACAUGCAGGUGUUAGGUUAUAUUUCAGCGCUUGUCCAUUUAGACAACCAUUAGCACGGCCUAACUCACUGACGCUGGUUCACGUGCGCUUACCUCCGGGGUUCUCAGCGUCCUCAACAGUGGAAAAGCCCUUGAAAGUACAUAAAGCUCUUUACACUAAAGGUAUUCUGUUGAUGGCAGCUUCAGAAAAUGAAGAUAGUGACAUUUUGUGGUGUGUUAACCAUGACACAUUUUCUUUCCAAAAGCCAAUGAUGGAAACCCAGAUGACAACCCGUGUGGAUGGCCAUGCCUGGGCUCUUUCUCCAAUAGAUGAACUGAAAGUAGAUAAAAUAAUUACACCUUUAAAUAAGGACAAUAUUCCAAUAACUGACUCACCAGUUGUUGUACAGCAACACAUGUUACCUCCAAAGAAGUUCGUUCUCCUCUCAGCACAGGGGAGUCUUAUGUUUCAUAAACUUAGACCUGUUGACCAAUUGAGACAUCUGCUUGUCAGUAAUGUAGGUGGAGAUGGAGAAGAGAUUGAAAGGUUCUUUAAAUUACAUCAGAGAUCUGUAGGAUACGGUGGUGAAGCACAGAUGAGAUUUCCAACUACUCUUCCCACUCCAAGUAAUGUUGGUCCCAUCUUGGGGAUUCCUGUUUGUUCUAGCUCUCCUGUUCCGAGUGGUAGUCCCUAUCCUAAUCCAGCCUUUUUGGGAACACCAUCUCAAGGUAUCCAGUCUCCUGCCAUGUCAACUCCAGUUUGUCCUGUGGGCAACCCAGCAACACAGGCCACAAGUCUGAGUGGUGUGACUGGACCAGAGAUUGUGUACUCUGGAAAGCACAAUGGUAUUUGUAUUUACUUUUCUCGAAUCAUGGGAAACAUUUGGGAUGCUAGCUUAGUUGUGGAAAAAGUAUUCAAAAGUGGCAAUAGAGAGAUCACUGCAAUUGAAAGUAGUGUUCCCUCCCAACUGCUGGAGUCAGUACUACAAGAACUGAAAGGUUUGCAGGAAUUUCUCGAUAAAAAUUCUCAAUUUGCAGGAGGACCAUUAGGAAAUCCAAAGACUACUGCUAGAGUUCAGCAGAGGCUGAUAGGAUUUAUGCGUCCUGAAAAUACUCAGCAGAUGCAACAGGAUCUCCAGAGAAAGUUUCAUGAGGCUCAACUGAGUGAAAAGGUUUCGCUUCAGGCAAUUCAGCAGUUGGUUCGAAAAUCAUACCAGGCUCUGGCUUUAUGGAAACUUCUUUGUGAACAUCAAUUUACUGUCAUUGUAGGGGAACUCCAGAAGGAGGUUCAAGAGCAGUUGAAGAUCACCACCUUCAAAGAUCUGGUAAUCAGGGACAAAGAGCUCACAGGGGCCUUGAUUGCUUCUCUUAUCAACUGCUACAUCAGAGAUAAUGCUGCUGUUGAUGGCAUCAGCUUACAUUUACAAGACAUCUGCCCACUUCUGUAUAGUACUGAUGAUGCAGUUUGUUCUAAGGCAAAUGAGCUUCUCCAGCAUUCUCGACAAGUUCAAAGUAAGACUGAAAAGGAAAGAAUGUUAAGGGAUUCUUUGAGGGAGUAUCAAAAAAUCAGCAAUCAAGUGGACCUUUCCAGUGUUUGUGCUCAGUAUAGACAAGUGCGUUUUUAUGAGGGAGUAGUGGAACUCUCUCUUACUGCUGCAGAGAAAAAAGAUCCUCAAGGUCUUGGGCUUCAUUUCUAUAAACAUGGAGAACCAGAAGAAGACAUAGUUGGACUCCAGGCUUUCCACGAAAGAUUACAAGCUUAUAAAUGCAUUACAGACACACUUCAAGAACUGGUAAAUCAAAGUAAGGCUGCUCCUCAGUCUCCUAGUGUACCCAAAAAGCCUGGUCCUCCUGUGUUAUCAUCUGAUCCCAAUAUGCUAAGUAAUGAAGAAGCAGGACAUCACUUUGAACAAAUGAUUAAAUUGGCACAGCGAUCCCAAGAUGAGCUCUUCAGUAUUGCCCUUUAUAAUUGGCUGAUACAAGCUGACCUUGCAGAUAAACUGCUACAGAUUGCCUCUCCAUUUCUGGAGCCAUAUCUAGUCCGAAUGGCCAAAGUGGAUCAAAACAAAGUUCGUUAUAUGGAUUUAUUGUGGAGGUAUUAUGAGAAGAACAGAAGUUUUAGUAGUGCUGCUCGUGUCCUGUCAAAACUGACCGACAUGCAUAGCACAGAAAUUUCACUUCAGCAACGGCUAGAAUACAUUGCUCGAGCCAUUCUUAGUGCCAAAAGUUCCACUGCCAUUUCAUCAAUAGCUGCAGAUGGUGAAUUCCUUCAUGAAUUAGAAGAAAAAAUGGAAGUUGCUAGGAUCCAACUUCAGAUACAAGAGACACUGCAACGUCAGUAUUCCCAUCACUCCUCUGUACAGGAUGCAAUUUCUCAGCUGGACUCUGAGCUAAUGGAUAUAACUAAGCUUUAUGGGGAAUUUGCCGACCCAUUCAAACUUGCAGAGUGUAAACUUGCUAUAAUUCACUGCGCUGGUUAUUCAGAUCCUAUACUGGUGCAGACACUUUGGCAAGAUAUCAUAGAGAAAGAACUGAGUGAUAGUGUCACGUUAAACUCCUCAGAUAGAAUGCAUGCUCUUAGUCUCAAGAUCAUCCUCCUUGGCAAAAUUUAUGCUGGCACACCUCGCUUCUUUCCUUUAGAUUUUAUUAUACAGUUCUUAGAGCAGCAAGUUUGUACUUUGAAUUGGGAUGUGGGCUUUGUAAUACAAACUAUGAAUGAAAUUGGAGUACCAUUACCUAGACUACUGGAAGUUUAUGAUCAGCUGUUCAAGUCACGGGAUCCAUUCUGGAACAGAGUUAAGAAGCCAUUACACCUUUUGGAUUGUAUCCAUGUACUACUGACAAGAUAUGUUCAGAAUCCUGGUCAAGUUUUCAAUUGUGAGAGGAGAAGAUUUACAAAUCUCUGCCUGGAUGCUGUUUGUGGUUAUCUGGUUGAGCUCCAGUCCAUGAGCUCUUCCUCAGCAGUGCAAGCCAUCACUGGGAAUUUUAAAUCUCUCCAAGCAAAAUUAGAACGGCUUCAUUAAUUAUUGUGAUGUAUUUUUAUCCGUGCAUUUGACUGUAAAAUAAAGACUCAGCUGGGUCCA